CAAUAUUAAACAGCACAAUUAAUCUACUCUUUACAUAAUAUCUAAGACUACUUUCAAGUUAUUCUUUGCAUAAUGUGGGCCCCAAGUAUCCUACUUAUCUUGAUUCUCGGCCUUGUCCAAGCAAAGCCACUCUCUCUUAACGCGCGUGAACUCUCUCUCGACGGGCGCGAACUCUCUCUCGAUGCACGCAGCGUCCUGCAUAAGCGGCAGGGAAGCUGCGUGUCCAUUUCACGACCUGCGAAUAACCCUUCUAUCAACAACAUUGGCCAAAUAGAUAUUACCUCCGUUGUAAACGGAGGUCCUGGGAUGACAUGGGAUCUUAACAACCUCGUUAGAGUUCAUGUUUCACGCGAGGUCGAUGGAUCAUUAUCUUUUGAUUGGACAAACACUGGCUCAGCCAAUCGGCUCAUCGUUACUGAAUGGAAUAGUUCUAGUUCCACCUCUGGAAAUGGUUAUGUGCUUCUUGGUAGUUACGGUCUCCCUACAGGUACGGGGAAUAUCUGUUUCCCCGUAGGAUCAGGACAAGGUAGAACCUGGAAAAUGCAGCUAGAGGACUAGAGAAUGUUAGAUAUAAAUGAGAAGGAUAGUCGUUGUAUGGAGUUCUCUUAUAGUAAGAGUUUAAGCUCGGCCGACUAGGAUUAGGGGUUAGCGUUAUGAAGCUUAGAAUGUAGGUAAUGGUAAGCUUAACCUUAAGGGAAAAAAUUAUUUUUUUUCAACUUAAAUAAUACAGUAAAGUUCUAUGAUUUCAACGGUAUAACU